AUGAUCUAUCAGUGUUUGGCAAGAUUUGUAACCCUUUCACAGAAGAGCCUACAUACACCUAUAUUCCUGGAAAGUGCUCCAGGGAUUGAUGCCAUUCCAGUUGGUGAUUACCAAUUAAAACUAACCAGUUUCCCUUGCAAUGCAGGGAGCAGAUGUUCAAUGUCUACUGUGGGUUGGAGCUUAGUGAGUUUACUUCUUAUGCUUCAUAUUUACUCCUUUGCUAGCCAGGGAGAUGGGGUAAGUGGGGAAGCCCAAUUGUACAGGAGCCAACAUUUAUUAUUUCGUGAACUAGAAGAGGUAGAAGAGGAGAAUAUCCAAAUUCCCCCACCUAAAGGAAAACGCUCACCACGGGCUGCAAAACGAAGGCCCAAGAGGGCAACCACAUUGACUGAUGAGUUUCUUGAUGAGAAUUCCCAUCUUCAUCAUGUGUUCUUUCCUGAUGUGAAAACUGCCAUAGACCCAACGAAGGACAAUGGGAAUGAUAGCUUUUAUUACUAUCCAGGGAGGAUUUGGUUGGAUACUGAGGGAGCUCCUAUUCAAGCACAUGGCGGGGGUAUUUUAUAUGACCAGAAAACAAGGUCAUAUUAUUGGUAUGGAGAGAAUAGGGGUGGAUCCACCUAUCAAGCUCACAAAAAAGGACCAGCACCGGUUCAUGCCAGAGGAGUUAGUUGCUACUCCUCCAAGGACUUGUGGACAUGGAAAAAUGAGGGCAUUGUUUUGGCAGCAGAAGAGACAAAUGAAACUCAUGAUCUCCACAUAUCAAAUGUGCUUGAACGACCAAAAGUGAUUUACAAUGAUAACACAGGAAAGUACGUAAUGUGGAUGCACAUAGAUGAUUCCAACUACACUAAAGCUGCUGUUGGUGUUGCCGUUAGUGAUUCCCCAACUGGGCCUUUUGAUUAUCUCUAUAGCAAGCGGCCUCAUGGAUUCGACAGCAGGGACAUGACAAUCUUUAAAGAUGAUGAUGGUGUAGCAUAUCUUAUCUAUUCUACUGAUUACAAUACCAAUCUCCGGAUUGGACCCCUAACGGCAGACUAUCUCAAUGUAACAAAUGUUGUGAGAAGGAUUCUUGUAGGAGAGCGCCGGGAAGCCCCUGCGCUGUUUAAGUUUGAGGGAAUUUACUACAUGAUCACAUCAGCCUGCACCGGAUGGGCUCCAAAUGAAGCUAAUGUACACAUUGCUGAGUCAAUUAUGGGGCCAUGGGAGAUAAUGGGAAACCCCUGCAUUGCAGGGAACAGAAUUUUGCGGCUUACUACAUUUUUUUCACAGAGUGCACAUGUGAUUCCUGCGCCAGGGCUUCCAGGUUCGUUUAUUUUCAUGGCAGACCGGUGGAAUCCAGCUAACUUGAGUGACUCAAGAUACAUCUGGUUACCUUUGAUAGUAGGGGCACCUAGUGUUCGACCGCUUGGGGACAAUUCUGGCCUCCCGUUAUGGUCAAGAGUGUCAAUAUAUUGGCAGAAAAUGUGGAGACUUUCUCCAAGAUCCAAGAUAGAGUUUUUGGUAUGA